GAAUAAUAACUUACAUGAGGGGCACCCACCCCGAAGACUCACUCACUAAUUCAGAUGAAUUUAAUUACUGUCACUGACAAAGUUUGCUUCGUCUUGCUGACAGGAGGGUUAACCCUUCUGUGUGUGAGAUGUGGACAGUUAAAGACAACUGAGCAGAACAAGAAAAAGCUCUCUUUUCUCUCCCUUAAACCCGGGGGGAGGCCUUUAACUCACUCACACGAAAAGUAGUGGAAGAAAUAUUUCUUUGCAUUUGUGCAUCUUUUAUUUAACAUAGCUCCACCAGGAAGGCCUUAAGUCAAUCGUUUUAUGAACUCAAAUGCGCUCAAACGAAAAGCGUCCAAGGGAACCCUCUCUCUUCUGAACAGCGUCCUCCAGCGUGCCCUUGAGCCAGGCAUUGGGUUUAUAGGCUUUUGAAUAUGAAUGAAAUGUCUUGGGUGAGUUAUGGAUUGCAAACAUGCGGCAGUGUUCUGUGCAACAGAUGUGACUAUUUCCUUUUACAGCGUAGAGACUGUUAAGCCUUUCAAAAACCGAUCCAACCAGUGAGCCUUAAUGGCUGCUCAGAGGGUCUGUGGGCAGCAGCUACUUGGAGGCAGCUAGAAAGGAGAUGCCUUUCCAAAUGCACCACCAUACUGCAGAUACAGAUGUGAGACACGGUGCUCGAACUCAAACCGCAAGGAAUGUGGCAGCUGUUUGUUCCUCUUCUUUGUUUUUUUUGUUGUCUUUUUGUCCAUCCCUUGUUGUGUGACAUUGUGCAGGACGGGAAGCCUCUGAAGAUCUCCUCACUGCGCCUCCACACUAUCCACAGCAGUGCAGCUCGUGCGGCGGGUCACGCCGGGGAGCGCACGCCUCCUCCAUAAUAACCGGUGCGACCCACGAGCCCUGCGUGCGUCCGCCGACCACGACGUCUCCAAACGUUCAUGGACGCGACUUGUUCCGCUGGUCCGUGUUACGCUGCGUCCUGUGCGCUUCUUCCGCGUCGGAACUCGAUGCCCCCCCUCCCCCCGCCCCCUCGGGCAUUUUCUUCGGAUGUUGUGAGGUGGAUGGAAGAGCAGCGCGCCGAGGAAGCCAUGAGGAGAGCGCCCGCGCCCCUUGGACGGAUCUCCGGUGGUAGAACGCGACAAUAACCGGAGCUCGUUUUUUGCGUCUUUUCGUGGAGAAGAAAACGAUCCGUGGAUGAGGAAACAAAGAGGGACGAGAUGGUAGAGAAUGGCGGCACCUGACCUCCUUGACCCGAAGUCUGCCGCCCACAACUCCAAACCCCGCCUGUCAUUCUCCGUCAACCCGGUGGUCCUGACCACUCCAGAGGACGAGUGCGACACCCGGACUAUUGUCAUGAGGUGGAAAACCGUGUCGGCCAUCUUCUUCUUGGUGGUGGUUUACCUCAUCAUCGGGGCGACGGUGUUCAGAGCGCUGGAGCAGCCUCACGAGAGCUCCCAGAAACUGGCGAUUCUGGCGCAAAAACUGGAAUUUUUGGCCAGGCACGCCUGUGUGAACUCCUCUGAGCUGGAGGAUUUGGUGAAGCAAGUGUUUUCUGCAGUGCGAGCAGGCGUGAACCCUUCGGAAAACGCUUCCAAUCAGACGAGCCUCUGGGACAUCAGUUCCUCCUUUUUCUUUGCCGGGACUGUUAUCACCACCAUCGGAUUCGGGAACAUCUCUCCUCACACGGAAGGCGGGCGGAUCUUCUGUAUAAUCUACGCUGUGCUCGGCAUUCCCCUGUUUGGGUUCUUAUUGGCCGGCGUCGGGGACCAGUUGGGGACCAUUUUUGGAAAGGGCAUCGCCAAAGUAGAGAAGAUGAUUGUGAAGUGGAAAGUCAGCCAGACGAAGAUCCGCGUCAUAUCCACGCUGAUCUUCAUCCUGUUCGGGUGCCUCAUCUUCGUGGCCCUGCCAGUCGUCAUCUUCAAGCACAUAGAGGGCUGGAGCACGCUGGAGUCCAUCUACUUCGUGGUCAUCACCCUCACCACCAUCGGCUUUGGAGACUUUGUCGCCGGUGAAAAAGGCGGGGCUGAGAAUCCGGAGUUCCUGAACUACUACAAGCCCGUGGUGCUGUUCUGGAUCCUGGUGGGCCUGGCGUACUUUGCCGCUGUGCUCAGUAUGAUUGGAGACUGGUUCCGGGUCAUCUCCAAGAAAACUAAAGAAGAGGUCGGCGAGUUCCGGGCCCACGCGGCCGAAUGGACGGCCAACGUGUCGCCAGAGUUCAAAGAGACCCGGCGUCGGCUCAGCGUCGACAUCUAUGACAAGUUCCAACGCGCCGCGUCCUUGAGGCGCGAGCGGUCGUCCGAGCUGGGAAUGAACCCGGCCCUCAACCAGGAGAUGACGCCGGGCAAGAGAGCGAUGUCCACCAGCCUGUGCGAGGACAGAGAGGCCUACCCCAACUUGACUCUGUCCCUCAGUCCCGCCUCGGGGCGCCUGGCCAGGAGCGGCAGCCUCUACCUGAACGGCCUCAGCCCGGACUGCGCCGACCGGCGGGAGAUCGCCAUCAUCGAGCACCUGAAGUGAGGAAGCGGCACUACAGGAAGGAGAUUUUCAGGGGGGGCGGGGGGGGUGAGUGAAAUGCACCUGGCGGCCGAACAGAGCUUUAAAACGCAAGACACACUUUUGUGCUUACCAAACUGGGAAAGGAUGUGCUCGUUCGCUGGGUUCCGUUCAUCCCCUCCGGGGGGAGGGACGACUUCUUUUCGGCCUGACGGACAGCCGUGAAGGCGAAUGGGCCGAGUCGGAGGCGCGCUCCUCCAAACGGGAAACAAACGAUUGUAUCAAGAGGCGUGAAUUCAAAAGAAACGCUCCUCGCCGGCGGGAAGGACAUGAAAGGCCAUAAUGAGGUCGCCACGGACCGGACGUCUUCUUGUGAGCGUAUCAUGAAUAAACGCGUUCCUCAAACUUAGUAAGUCAUAGAUCGAAUUACCUUAGUAUCUGCAUCAGAUAAAGAGGAUCCAUAGCUUCUUCUUCUUCUUCUGGGGGGGGGGGGCAGCAGUCCUGUGCUAACAUCAAUGAAUGUGGCUUUUUUUUCUUCUUCCAGUAUGAAUUUAUACGCCUUGCAUUUGCCUGUUUGUCACACUGCUCUCGCUAAAGAGACGAAUGUUGACUGUUUUUUUUUUUGCUCCUCCACGACUGACAUUCAACGCUUCGCCCUGAGGAAAAACCCACUUGUGCCUUUCUGGAAACAACCACCGAACAUGCGAGGAUGAUGAUGCAUGACGAAUGGAGCUACACACCGUCUGUCCACUCAUGCUAGUUAAAUAUGAGCACAGUUUUUAUUCAUCUCUUUUAAGAGGAAGCCGCAGUUUGCAUGGAUCUGUUUCUUAAUAACUUGGACGAGGCCACGUUGGUCUGUCAUUGUGAUUUGUCCAUUUCCUACCAGUCUUAACGUGCAGAGAGUUACAUUAACCACACAGUGCCAGACUCGCUGGUCAGACCUCCUUCUCCCUCGUACCAAAGUAACAUCUGUUUUUUUCUUACAGUAUCAGAAGUGCUUUCAGUUUUUUGGGGGGGGAAAUUGGACUCCCUGUAUUUUUUUUUUUGCUCAUGAAAUUGAAAAAUGCCCCGUAAUGCGUCGGCACUGUAAUCUUUUCCAAGUGGAAGUAAAUCCCGGCAGGUGAGGCACUGAAAGCUGCGGGCGUGAGGCGCAUCCUCAGCUCACCGCCUUUAGGUCGCACUACCUACAAAGUUCAGGGAUGUCUCUCUAUUUUCAGGAGAUUUAUUAUCCUUUAUGACUCUAAAUUGUCAGUUGCAUUGAUUCAAGUAAACGCCUCUCUUGGCUGACUAUACAUUUUUGUUCACGUUUGAAACCUUCCAGGUUGAAUAGUUUUGGAUCAAGUGUAUUAUACAUUAUAUUCUCAACACGUUUGUUAGUGCCAUUCAGUUUGUAGCAUUAACAUUUGCUAUAAAUAUGUCAGUGUGAAUACCAACUGUAUGACAUAUGGAAUAUCGCGUGGAAAUGCUUUUUGCUAAAGGAACCAGUUGCACCAAAUCUUUCAAAGUUCAAAAUCUUAUUUGUUACUCAAAUGAUUAGUUGGAGAUUCAUACGUCACUAGAUUAAAACAGGCAACACAAAACAGACAAGAUCUUGACUAAAUAUUUAAACUUUAACCGACACGGCUGGCAAACAAAUAAAUAGGAAAAUAGAUAUAUAAUAUAAAAUAAAUAAUACAUCUCACGAUGUUAUGAGUUUAUGCGAGAAUCAUAAUGUAAGACAUUACUAUAACUACUAUAACUGCUAAAGUAGCAUCAGCUAAAUCGUUUCUUAAUAAUAGAAAAGCCACACAGGUAAUGAGUGCUUUUCUUGAUAUAAAAGUUGUGUUUUAUUGCUUUCCUCCCAGCUGGCGGAUUUUAUUGGCCGAUGGUUCAUUCAACAUUCACGGCUUCUCGUCGUUUGUGUGUAACAAACCAUCUGGAGCGCCGGUUAAAAGCAACUUAAUGCCAAUACAGUUAGACUAAAUAACCAAAUAAUACCGGCUCAAUUAGCCUCAUCUGAGGCUAUUUACCCUCAAACACAUUAACCCUCAAAUGCAUGUAUACAUAAAGGUACAUUUGCAAAAGAGAUUGGUAACGUUUAAUAAAAGGCUUCAGCUGUUUCCUA